AUGUCUAAUAAACCCAAUAAGGCAUAUACUCCUUCACAAGACAUUCCGACCGAAGAGCUCCUCCAAGGCAAUGUCACUACCAAUAAUGACUACGUGAACCCGAGGCAAGGAGGCGAGCCAGUUCCCAUUAUAAAGGACGAAACGGAGGUUGACCACCCUCGUGAAAGAAACAAACCAAAUUCUUCUGCGAGACUUCAGGACGAUGAUACUGAAGCCAUCAACAAGGGGAAUAUCCUUAAAGGCCGAACUCGUCAUGCAACAAAACGCAGCGGAACCUACACAGGCCCUGGGGAUAAUGAAGGUAUACCUGAUGAUAAUGGAAGAUCAUCUACUAGGUAG